AUGCUUCACAAUCCAACAACAGCAGCCAUUCAUAUUGGCCCAGUAGGACCACACUAUCCUCUCACCACUCAUGUCAAGACUUGUAAGUAUCACCAGCAAGAAUUCAAGGAACUGACCGGCAUUGGUGAGCAGAAAGGAAUAAACCACCCGGAAAUUGACAUGAGAUAUCAGUAUACUGCAGAGAUUGCACGUAAUUAUGCCCUGAUCUCACUUGGUUUGUCAUGCUUCACGUGCAGAUCUGUCAGUGAUGUGAUGAUGGACAGUCAAGGUGAUGAUCACAUACGCAGUCACGAUUACCUCGUACAGACCUUUAAUGUGCUAACAUUAUGCAAUGAAAGCUUCAAGGUUGAUUGCAAAGCAAUUAAAUUCCUCUUGAGACAUGGCUUCGAUUUCAAUAAAUUAUACUCCAGGGGCCUGCCUUAUUACAAAGGUUGUGACAAAAAUAUAGACGAAGCACCAAAUGUUCGAAACCUAUUUUCCUCACUUUUGCAACAUAAAAAGCCAAUAGUAAUGCACAAUGGAUUGAUUGACUUAGCAUUUCUAUACCAGUCAUUCUAUGCUGAUCUUCCCAAGAAGAUUGAAACAUUUGCUGCUGAUCUUUCUGACAUGUUUCCUGCUGGAGUCUAUGACACAAAGUAUGUUGCUGAGUUCCACCAGUCUAUGCCUGCUACUUACCUGGAGUAUUUAUAUAAGAAAAUGCAGCUAAGGAAUGCUCGUCGAGGGAAAAUGGGAGACUGGCAUAUACGAAUGCAGUUUCCACCUUAUCCAAAAAGUCUGCCAAAUGUUGACUGGCAUCCCUAUCUUCAGAUUCAUAAUUAUUGUGUAGAGAAGGACGAUGAUGGCCUUGAUAUGUGUGAGAUGUUUGCAGUAAGUUACUUAACCCUUAAACUGUCCAAAUUUAGAUCUACAUUUGUACCGCUAGCUCUCCAAACGUAGAUCUACGUUUUAUUU